AUGCAGUACGGCCUUCUUCCGGCCCUGGCCGCCAUUAUUGGCGCUGUCAGCGGCACUCCCAUGUCUCUUUUGUCCCCUCGACAGGCCCAGGGUCUCCACACCGCCAUGGUCGCCGCUGGCAGAGAGUAUUUCGGAACCUGCCUGACGGUUCGAAACGACCAGGCCGAGUCUACCAUCAUGGCCAGCAACGACUUUGGCUCUAUCACACCCGAGAACGCGAUGAAGUGGGAUGCUAUCCAGCCUAGCCAGGGUCAGUUUAGCUGGGGAGCUGCCGAUCAACAUGCCAACUGGGCGACCCAGAACGGAAAGCAGCUCCGAUGCCAUACUCUCGUCUGGUAUUCUCAGCUCCCCAGCUGGGUCAAUGGCAUCAACAACAACGCUACCUUGUACCAGGUGAUGCAGAACCACAUCUCGACUGUCAUGGGCCGAUACAAGGGGAAGUGCACCCAUUGGGACGUCGUGAACGAGGCCUUGAACGAGGACGGCACCUACCGAGACAACGUCUUCCUUCGAGUCAUGGGCGAGGCCUACCUCCCCAUCUCGUUCCAGCUCGCUGAGGCUGCGGACCCCGGCACGAAGCUUUACUACAACGAUUACAACCUCGAAUACGGAAAGGAGAAGGCUGAGGGUGCCGUCAGGAUCGUCAAGCUGGUCCAGUCCUAUGGCGCUCGCAUCGACGGCGUUGGUCUGCAGGGCCACAUGGUGACGGAGAGCACCAGCACCCAGGAGACCCCCACCCCGCCGCAGGAGGAGCUCGCCGCGACGCUCCGCAUGUUCACGGAUCUCGACGUGGACGUGGCCUACACCGAGGUUGAUAUCAGGAUGAACACUCCCUCCAACGCCCAGAAGUUGCAGGUCCACGCCGAGGCCUUUGCCCGCAUGAUGGGUGCCUGCAUGGAUGUUGAACGUUGCGUUGGUUUCACUGUUUGGGGUGUUUCUGACAAGUACAGCUGGGUUCCCCAGACGUUCUCUGGUGAGGGUGACGCUCUUCUUUGGGACAACAACAUGCAGAAGAAGCCUGCCUACCAAGCGACUCUCGAUGCCAUCGUCAACUACAAGCCUCCCGCCCCCGAGCCCGAGGAGCCUGUGGAGCCCGAGACUCCGGCCGAGCCCGAGACUCCCGUCGAGUCCGAGACCCCGGCUGAGCCCGAGACCCCCGCUGAAGGUGAGGAGAGUGAGGAGACCCCCGCCCCCGCUCCGACCGAGCCCGCAGAGCCCGCCGAGCCUGCGGAGCCUGCGGAGUAA